AUGGCUGAGACCAUCCAUGGAGGCCUCGGGCCCCCAGCCUCGAUCCAUGCCACCAAAAAGGACGGCUCGCUCAGCACGCACGAGGCAGCGAGCCCUCGGCAGAGAUUAACAGGAGAGCUCUGCUUCAUCUGUGGCAAGAGGGGGGCCACCAUCAACUGUGCAGAGAUGGGCUGCGACCGCAGCUUCCAUCUCCCCUGCGCUUCCAAGGGUGAAUGCGUCACCCAGUACUUUGGAGAGUACAGGUCCUUCUGCAUGGAGCAUUGCCCACAGCAGCCAGUGGAGGCAGCACCGGCGCAGGACACGACCUGCAUCAUCUGCAUGGACCCCGUGGGGGACAGCGUGUCCUACAGCACCAUGGUGUGCCCAGCCUGCCAAAACGCCUGGUUCCACCGGGCUUGCAUCCAGGUAGGAGCCCUUCCUCACCCCAUGAGCACAGCAGGUGCUCAGCAGCACCAGGCCUGGCUCACACUCACCCUUCUGUUUCUGCUGCAGGAACAGGCCAUGAGCGCCGGUUGUUAUCAAUUCCGAUGCCCCCACUGCAGAGAUAAAUACAAGUUUGUUAUGGAGAUGUGCUUUAUGGGGAUCCGAAUCCCAUUCAGACAACCAACAUGGGAAGACAACGAUGCCUACGCAUCACUACCGGAGAGGCACGGGAGCUGCGAUGCCAGCGUCUGCCUUUGCCCACAUGGCAGAGAGCAGGCAGAGGAAGAGGGGCCCUGGCAGCUGCUCCUCUGCAGCUCCUGUGCCGCACAAGGCACUCACCGGUGCUGCUCCAACUUGAGCGACAGCACAACCAGCUGGGAGUGCAACGCCUGUGCUGGAGAGGGCACCGCCUCCAGCACCAACUCAGGCCUUCCUGGCUGCAGCACCACCAGCCAGGCACCAUCGGGGCCAGCUAACUCUUCCCCCGGGCCUGAGAGCAGCGGCCUGUCCAGCCAGCGCAGGUCAGACCGGAGGAGAAUGCGCCCGCGUGCACAGCGGGAUGAAGAUGACGAGCCGCGACCACACCGUGGGAGCAGCCGAGACAUCAGCGUCCUCGAGGCGCAGACAGGGACAGCGGGCCCGGACAAGGAGCCGCUCUCCGUUGCAGCGCCGGGCCCCAGAUUCUCCAAGCCAGCCCCGAACACGCCGUGGGAGCAGGCAGGCACCAGCCUCAAGGGCUGA